CUGUAAAUCUACUCGGAAAAUGGCAGAAACUGCUCCAGCCCCGGCUCCUGCCGCCCUGCCGGCUAAAGCGCCCAAAAAAAAGUCUGCUGCCAAAGCCAAGAAAACUGGUCCUGGUGUCAGUGAGUUGAUCGUCAAAGCCGUGUCAGCGUCUAAGGAAAGAAGCGGCGUGUCUCUCGCCGCCCUGAAGAAAGCUCUCGCCGCCGGCGGCUACGACGUGGAGAAGAACAACUCCCGCGUCAAGCUCGCUAUCAAGAGCCUGGUGACUAAAGGUGCCUUGGUGCAGGUUAAAGGGACUGGCGCUUCCGGUUCGUUUAAGGUCAGCAAAAAGCAAACCGAGACCAAGAAGAAACCAGCCAAGAAAGUGGCUCCUAAAGCAAAGAAGUCAGCGGUCAAGAAGCCCAAGAGCGCGGUGGCGAAGAAGCUUGCCGCUAAGAAAUCGCCCAAGAAGGCCAAGAAACCUACCGCUGCAGCCGCUAAGAAGGUGACGAAGAGCCCAAAGAAGGCGACGAAAAGUCCCAAAAAGGCAAAGAAGCCAGCAGCGCCUAAGAAGGCAACGAAAAGCCCCAAAAAGGCCAAGACUGCCAAACCCAAGGCGACAAAGCCUAAAGCUGCCAAGCCUAAAAAGGCAGCUCCCAAGAAGAAAUAGAAUUUUAUU